AUGGAGGAGAAAAAAAGACGAACGAAAAAAAUCGUGGCCGCGGAGGAGAUGAAGGCUACGCGGGAGGAUCGGGUGCUGCGAAAGUUCGAGGACGUGAAGAACAAGUGGGACAGACAAAGACAGCUCAUAAAGGAACGGACGAAGAAGAGGGAAACCCUGGCCGACCAGGGGGACAAGUACCGGGAGAGGAACGAAUUGAACACCCUCAUUGAGCACCUAAAUAAAGAAGAGAAAAAAAAAAUAAACUGGACGGAGAAUCUACGGGAUGAAAGCGAAAGCAUAACAUUUAAAGAGGCAGUGAAGAAGGUGAAUCUGGGAGUAGAUUUGUGCAAAGGGAAUAGGGACAUAUUUGAGAAGGUGUUCGAAGGGGAGGCAAUUCAACAUGGAGACCCCACAGUCGUGCAGCAACACGAUCCGUACGUUACGAACAGGGACGCGAAGAAGAAUUUUUACCAGGGGCAAAUAAUAAACAAGAUUAAGAAUAACCUCGAGUUCGUUUUACAAAAUUUUGCCAUUCCCUUGGACAGCACAUUCGUCGUGCAGGGGAGGAGGGUCGACGUGGCAGAGGUGGCAACUGCGCAUGAGGAGGACGCACUCCCCACUGUACGCGAUAUAGGGGAUAGUACCCUCUCCCCGCACCCCACCCAUGACGAGUGUGGUAAGGUGUAUUCCCCUUCUAAUGAGCAACCCUUACAAACGAGCAAACACAUAAUACGAAUACAAAACGGAGGAAGAAGAAGGAAAGUCAUCCCGACCUCCAUUGAACUCCACAACACAUCAUCGAGCAUAAUUAUGUUCUCCAUUUCAUAUAAAAAAAAAAUUAAAUUAAAAAAUGAAGUGUUAAGACAGAGGGAUUAUCUCUUCUUCCAUGAGCACAAGAAUUAUACUCUGUUCAUUUCGCCUAAUGUAGGUUACUUAAAACCAGGGGAGAAGAAAUCAGUCAGCUUAAUUUUUUCUUUUAAUUACUUUGUGAAUACCUUUGGGGCUAUUACCAUUAGGUAUUUGUGUAAUGAACAGGUGUUUCACAGGGACGUGUCGGUGCAGGUCGAUUCUUUUUUCGAGUUGGAUGCGACUGAGCUGCGCAGGGGGGAUGUCUCAUGGGGACAUUUUUCACUCUCCUCCAACCGUACCCACACAAACGACAAACAUGAAGGGGCACCCAUAAAAAAUCGCCUGAACAACUUUUUUUUUUACACCAAGGGAAGAGUCUUCUCAUCAGCUAGCCAUUUUGCAAACCACGACAGAGAGAUUACACUGGAUAUGGUGCACUCUGUGAGAAAUAAUCAUAUGAAAGGUUCACACCCCGCAAGCAAUUCCCCAUGUAGGGAUACCCCCAUGAGCAGCAACUAUAUGUAUGAUGUGUUCAUGAAAAAAAUAUUAAGUGAAUCGUUGCAAGAAGCAGUUAAGCAGUACGUAAUAACUUUGCUACAGUCGUACGCUAUUGUGUGCGGGCGAAAUGAAGAGCAGGGGAUCCCCUUGGGUGCACAGAAUAAGGUUGCCACUCUCGCACAUGAGAAUGAACAUCACUCCAGUCAUAAUACAUAUAAACGAGGAAAAGAAUCUUCAAGAGGAGUCAAAGGAGGACAGUCACCUACAAAUGUACAUCAGCAACAUAUAGCAUGCGCAAAGGAUACCUUUUUUAAUUACCUGUUGAGAAGCUUCCCCACUGCGUUCAGGAAAAGCUACUUGGUCACUCUCCUACACAUGGCUCUUGAGCAAACUUUAUUAACGCGCUCUCACUCCUUCUACCUGCGUCGCUAUUUUUAUGUAAUUCGUUUCGUCCGGAUGAUUAUAAUGAGGCAGGAGGUGCCGGAUGACCUCCUAUCACAUCAAGACACAGUGUUUGUACAAACCAAUACACAUCUGCUUCGUUACAUAAUUGGGUUCAUUCAUGACCUGUACAGAUCGCACCAGCAGAAUGACAACGUGAAUAAUAUAAAGGAAAUCAUUUUUUAUUUUCUCUCCUCUGCCUUCCUGUGCAUACAACGGGGUGUUAGGAAUGUGAUUCUGUUUUUAAAUUUGAACUUAGAGGGAUGUACUACUGCUCCCUUGGGAGGUGAAGCGUACACAAAGAGCGAAAGCGUCAUGUCCCCCUGGGGGGGAGAUUUCACCAACGCCGUUUUCCACUCCUUUGUCUUUUCCUACGUCAGGGCUUUUCUCUCUUCACAAGGAAAGACGACACACUACGCGUUGCAUUUCGUGGGGGAGCAGGCAGACGUCUCGCAGGUGUGCGAAGCGAUUUUCUCUCAACGGGGCGACAUCCGUGCAGUUCGCAGUGACGACGAGCGCGGCGUGUCUACUGACCGUACCCAUGAUGAUACCACCUCGAACGUUCUUGAAGGGGAUGGAGGAGAGACACCCCUCGAGGAAGACUUCUUCAAGAAAUUUCAACUGGAUGAAGACUAUGCGAAAUGUUUUUUUGGCGAGAGCGGGGAGGAGGAAGAACCACCACAAGGGGAGGAUAAAAAGGGGCACAUUGUUUUUGUCGCGGGUAAGGAGGCUUUUGCGCGGGCGGUGUAUGAGUGGCAUUGCGGGUGGUCAGUGCGGAGGCUGGAGAGUCGGUUGGCAUGCGCGCAGGUGGGUCGAUUAGGCGACCCGUCGGCAGUUGUCCCUACCCCUGAUCUACUCACCAGUGAUGUGCCGUGCAGUGAUGCGCCGACCGGUGAUGUGGGCACGACAGAUGUACGCACGACGGAUGCGCGCACCGCACUGGUAAAGAAAAAAACCGCUACCGGCAAGAUGAAGGGGUCAAUCGAGGACACAACGAAAAAGCAGAAAAAAAAAAAUGCCAAGGUGGGAAAAGGCACACUACGUGAAGCAACUAUACCCCAUGGAGGAAGACCCGCCUCGGAGGUCACCAUGGACCAACAUGAUAAUCAUAGUGACGAGCCAAUAGAAAGCACGCAACACCCUUGUACGAAUUACCACGUGGAGAAGCUGUUUGAAAUUUUUGGUGCCUCCACUUAUAUAUUAGAUGACCGCAUAGAAGCAGAAAGGGAAAAGUGCCUGCACGUGCCAGAGGGUGUAAAAGUGAAGGUAGGGAUGGUGGCCUCAAAAAUGGUUAACAUCCUCCCCUUCGUGUUCAACUUCAUAUGUAUGAAGCAGGUGGAUAAUCUGUUCCAACAAGAAAGACACGCCAAUUAUUUUUUGUAUGAUUAUUUUGUCUGGAGGAACCGAGAUCGCCUUUUAGAAGCAAUGCGAAAGAUAGUGCACUACGUAGAUGAACCAGGUGAUGUCUCCGACAAGAAUAACCUAUUUGGUAAAAUCCCUCUCCCAUGCGAUUAUGAUGUGAGUCCAUACGAAGAGGAAAAGAACACCUUGUUAACCAUAUCACGUGAAGAAACAGUUACCGAGCAACCACAGAAUCACACCCUACCCCGAGAGACAAGCCCAAAGUACAUAUGGAUCCUGUCACCAAAUGUACGAAACAAUGGGUUGGGUAUAGCUAACUUGAAUGACAUGGUAGAGUGGCUGAAGCUACUCAGUUUAGCAAUUCUUAUGAAGGCGUCUCAUGUGUACAUUUGUGGGGAGCUGUUUUUUCUGUUUCUGUUCUUCAUGUAUGACUCUGGUUCUUUGCCUGCGCGGUGGUGCGAGGGGGGAAAAAAGAGUCGUUUCAACCAGCCCUACCUUGGCAUAUAUGCACAUAACAAUCCUACCAGGGGAUGUCCCUCCACUAGCGUCACACACGAGAUGGACCAUCGCUCUUCAUGCCACCUGCUCCACCUAAACUUCCUCAAUGUGAAACAAUUCCCUGAACCCCUCCUCCUCUUGCUCAAGGUCAACUUAUUUAACAUUCUUAACAUGUGUGAUCGGUACCAAAUAAAAUUACAUUUCCCUGAAGACAUGUACCUACACCCGAGUGAGUGUAUCCCCCCGAGCAACACCUCGACAAAUGUCAUCCCUGCCGUGUACUGCCGCCUUCCACACAAAAAUUAUAAACAAAUGAUACAAGCAAGUAGGAGGAAGUUCCUUCGCACGUAUGGGUACCGAUUGGCCAAUCUGGGCCGCCUGACCAGUGAGGCGCUCAAGGGGGGGGAGUUUUCCCCGGGAAGAAAUUCCCACUCGGCAGAGAUAUCACGCGAGGGGGAAAUGGUAGACAUACGCGACAAGGAGGAAGACGACACGGACGGCAUGACGGACGUGGUCGACGAAGAGGUAGCCGCUGCAUGCCCCCAACGAGUGCGCGUCUGCUCACAUGACGUGGGACGCCGCACGCUAAAUAGCAUUGUCAGGCAAUUGCGGGGGGGACAUAAAGUACUCUGGUUGUGUGGGGCCUUCGAGAGGGACCCAAGACAAGGAUGCAACAGCAGCUUGGAGUUGAUCGACUGUGUCGUGGCUGCGCACAAAGUAAACACAGGGGACGAGCCACCCGAACUCAGUAACCGAGACAAACGAGGAGUGGUGUACCUGAACAACCUCAUCGUGCUCAACGAGGACGUGUACGCCCUGUACCACCGCCAGCCGAGAAAGGACGUUAACAUCCCCUUUCUCUUCCCCAGCCAUAAGGUACUCGUACACCUGUUCGACCGGACCUUGCCCCCAUCAGGGUUCUUCUCUCCGUUCUAG